UAUACAUGAAACAGCUGACAACCCUAUUCCCAAUAUGUCCCAUGCACCUACUAUUGUGGUUGAAACUCCUUAGAUGCUUGUGGUACAUUUGUUAGGCCAGUGAAUACGUACCACAGUACAGCUUCUUUAUUCAUUUUUACCUUUCUGGCAAGUCUAAACAUUGUCUUCACCUUUCCUGCUAAGUAGUUAAGUACCCGUGUUUUCAAGUAUGAAAAAAAUCACAUUUUGGAGAUCUACAUGCUUCAUUUGGGAACUGUAUUACCCAGAAGUCACUUCAGUCUGCAGGUACAGUGACUGAGCCAGUGAAGGCUUAGCAAAGUGCUCUUAAGAUGCAGUGCACAACAGGUGAGUGGAACUUCCUGUAUCCUUUAGGGAUGGCAUUGUUAUGGACUCUGGAUUUUUCCCACCUGUAUGGGCUUCUAGAGCUCUGGGUCCACGCAAAGGUGACCAAGAGGAAAAGCACAAGAAGAGACGUUACAGAGGUGCCUCUGAGGCCUAGCUGAACCAGGCUCUGCAAGCCAUGGCACCCUUGUUUCUGAAACUGAACAGGACCCUGCAGGGCCCUCCUGGGUACAAAAGUCUGUCCCCCUUGUUUCUUUCUUUUUUUUUUAAUAUUUAUUUAUUUAUUUGGUUGUGUCAGGUCUUAGUUGUGGUGGGUGAACUCCUUAGUUGUGUCAUGUGAACUCUUAAUUGAGGCAUGCAUGUGGGAUCUAGUUCCCUGUCCAGGGAUCGAACUCAGGCCGACCUGCGUUGGGAGCACAGAGUCUUAACCCACUGUGCUACCAGGGAAGUCUCCCUUGUUUCCUGUACAUAGAGAAAGACUUUAGUUUCCUAGGCCUUCCCUGAGUUCCAAAGAGCAGAUUCAAGUAGUUACUAAUUAGAGAGGUGAGAGUGUAGAAAGAAAGGAAAAGCAGUCAAAACCAGUAAUGACAGUUGGAACAAUAGUUCAGUGAUAAAACACUCACAGGAAUUCUAGUUCCUUCUGAAAGGUUAUAGAUAACAAUCUGAUGCAUAUCUUUGAGUUGUUUUGCAGAAACAAGACCUCCAGCCAGGUGGAGGAUGGUGACUACAUGAUGACAACAAGCACAUAAGCCUGAGACUGGUUGGAAACAGAAAGUUGAUGAUGAAUAUUCCUGAAAAUCACCCUGUGACCUUACCAGCAACCAAUCAGAAGAAAGUAGCACAGACUACAUUCCACGGAAAUCUGGGUGCGUCCCCUUUAAGAAGCGUGGUUCUGCGGAUAUCUGGGCCACACUGUGCAGCUAGCAGGAUCUUAGUUCCCAGACCAGGGAUUGAAAUCGAACCCAUGGCAGUGAAAGCACCAAGUUUUAGCCAGUGAACCACCAGGGAAUUCUGAGAUUCAUUUUCACUGUGAAGUCAACAAAUGGUGGUUCCCUUCUCUACUGCAGGAGAAAAAAGCAGGUUCCACAUUCAGCAGAACCACUUAUGGACCCUGCACUGGGCUCUGUGACCUUUGAGGACGUGGCUGUAUACUUUUCCCAGGAGGAAUGGAAGCUUCUUGAUGAGGCCCAGAGAUUCCUGUACCACGAUGUCAUGCUGGAGACCUUUGCACUUGCUGCGUCAUUGGGACUUUCAUCUUCUAGGUACCAUGUUGUCCAGCUGGAGCUGAGAGGAGAACCCUGGGUACAUGACAGAGUGGACAUGACUCCAGACAGAGCAAGAGGGGCUCAAAUAUGGCCUGGCCCUGGGUGUUGGUAUAUAGCAGAGAACAAGCAGACACCUUCUGAGCAGAAUGUUUCUGUAGAAGUGCCACAAAUAAAUACUUCAGAGGCAGACCUGUCCACCCUGAAGUCCUAUCCCUGGCAGACGUGCUGCCUGUCCUUAGAAGGUGGUUUGCAUCUAGCUGAGGACCUUGGCACAAACCCUGGCCAGAAACUCUGUGGGGCAGGUGUGCAGUUUCACCAGCACACUGGAGAGGAACUCUUUAGAAGAGACGUGGGUAAGACCUUUAUGAAGAGCCACACUGUCCAUGCAUCCAAGAAGUCUUUCACAUUCCAGGAGUCUGGGAAGGAUUUCCCUUGUAGCUCUGGCCUUCUCCAGCACCAGGUCACUCCACAAAAGGACACCAAGUUUGUAGAGGCCUUUCACAAUGGAGAAAAGCGUUACAAGUGCAGUGAAUGUGGGAAAGCCUUCUGCCGUAAAUACAGGCUUGCUCAGCACCAGAGAGUCCACACUGGAGAAAGACCUUAUGAAUGCAGUGAAUGUGGGAAAGUCUUUAGAUGCAACUCCAACCUUGUUAUACAUAGAAGAAUUCACACUGGGGAAAGGCCUUAUGAGUGUAGAGAAUGUGGGAAGUUCUUUAGACAAAACGCCCAACUUAUUGUUCACCAGAGAAUUCACACUGGAGCCAAGCCUUACGAGUGCAGUGAAUGUGGGAAAACCUUCAUUACUAAAAGCAAACUUAUUCAGCACCAGAGAGUCCACACUGGAGAGAGACCUUAUGAAUGUGGAGAAUGCAGAAAAGCCUUCACCUAUAAACGCAUGCUUGUUCAGCAUCAGAGAGUCCACACUGGAGAGAGGCCUUAUGAGUGCAGUGAAUGUGGGAAAGUCUUUAGGUACAUCGCCAGCCUCAUUAAACAUAGAAGAAUUCACACUGGGGAAAGGCCUUAUGAGUGUAGUGAAUGUGGGAAGUCCUUUAGGCAAAGGGCCCACCUUCAGGUCCACCAGAGAAUUCACACUGGAGCAAAGACUUACAAGUGCAGUGAAUGUGGGAAAUGUUUUAGCCAAAACUCUAUUCUCACUACGCACCAGAGAGUUCACACUGGCGAAAGGCCUUAUAAGUGCAGUGAAUGUGGAAAGUGUUUUAGCCAAAGCUCUACUCUUAUUAAGCACCAGGGUUCACAUUGGAGAAAAACCAUAUGAGGAGAAUUCUGAAUGAGGAGAAUUCUUUGGCCAAAGCAUCCAGCUUACUCAACACCGAAAACUCACACCCCAGAAAGGCCUCAUCAGUGCAGCAGAUGUGGAAAAGUUUUCUGUCAAAGGUCUGCUCUGACUGAGCACUAGAAACUUCACAGCUCAGAUAGACCCUAUGAGUACAGAAAAUGUAGGAAAGCUUUCAGCCAAAGGUCUUACCUUAUUUGAUACCAGAAAGUUCAUCUAGAGAAGGGCCUUCAAAUGAGAUGAGAGCAGUGAAUGAGUUGUCUCCUUAGUUAAUACAGCAUACUGAAUAGACUCUCUGAGGAAGUCAUCAACUGGAAGUUGAAUGCCAUACAUCUGAACAGCCCUCGUGUGCAGAUUGCCUAUGAGUACUGGCUUCAUAGGAAGCUUUUCAGGAGCUAUACUCUACUUUCUAACCUGUGCAAGCCCCUUGCUGGACUCAAUAUCACUGUAAGUUUUUUACCUCUCCCAAGUGGCAGAUCCCAGUACUGGGCAUCAGUCAUCGCAUUGUGAUCAGGGUAGGUAGAGCUUUGUGCUGUCCUGUUCUCUGGAGGGAAGCAUGAAUAGCCUGAGCACUUGGGUGUUGUCAUGCUCUUCUGUCAAGGACAGGACCUAAGCAGCUUUGACCACUGUGACCCAAUGUGGGUUCCCUUGGCAGCUUACAGUUUACUUUCCUUGGUGGUAUUGUCUCAUGUCAUGCUCACGAUGGAUGUUUCUAGCUCCAGAUCACCCUGUUUGGGAACUAUCUGCCUCCAUUUGCUCUACUCUGUGAAAAAAUAAAGACUAUAGUUUAAGCCACGUCUUUUGUGUGUGUUCCAAUCUUUGUUUUCUUCAAUAAGGAUAGUAUCAUGGCGGAGAAUGGUUUUCACUCCAGUUUUGAUCUAAUUUGAAUUGUUGUCCAAAGCCUCCUGGGGUAGACUACAGGGCUCUGGGACUAAUGUGACCUGGAUGUUAGAAUUUUUGGUGGGUCCCAAGGUCACCCUGAGAUGAGGACAGUUUUAUGAACCACCAGUGUUUUUUGGAGCUGCAUAAGUUCUCUUUUUUCACAUGGGAUGUCAGAUCAUGACCCCAGUACUGUUCAAGAGAAGUUCUCUAGGUCCAGCUGGAAAAGAGCCAUGUGCCAUAAUGUCCAUAACAUGGUAGGCUGCUUUUGCUGAGCAUUAGAUUACAGACAUCAGAUGGGAACCAUAUUUGGUACAGAAACAGGGAAUUAAUAGGGAGUGACUAGCAAACAAAAAGAGAUGAACCUAUUCUAAAAUUGCAUCCAUGAAUGUUCCCUUGACUGUGGCUGUUUAAGAUAAUGUUUUUGCAAAAAUUCUCAGGAGAUACAGAGUGGUUUCUCUCCUGAGGUCCCAGUCAGUGUCAGGCUAAAUAAUGUAAAGGUUUUGAGAUCCCGUAGCAUCUUCAGAUUGUUUAUCUCAAGGCCAUUGGUGCAUAGCAAAGAUAAUGGGUAAUAAAAGUGGAAAUCGUGUAGUCCAGGCAUGUGGUUUUUAGGAUGCAGGCAGUUCCUGGAUAACUCACGUGGAAACACCUUUCAUUGCUCACCAGUCUUCACUGCUACCACAACAGAAUCCCUCCCGUUAGACAAGGAGAUGUGAUGGGGUUAACAUGUGGUUGCCAGAGUUCUACUGAAAAGGAGAUUCAGAAAAGAUUCAGAUUUUUUAUGUGAAUCCAAUUUUUAUUAAAUUUAAUUGAGCUGUAUAGUUGGUAUGUGCUGAACUGAACAUACCUAAAAUGUACAGCUUGGUUAAGUUUUAAUAUGUGUAAACCCACAGAACCAUCGUAAUUACAAACAUCCAUCACUCCCAUAUCCACCUUCUGACAUUUCUCCCAGGACUCCCAGGCAACUAGUAUUGAUUUACUUUUUUCCCAUUCAAUUAGUGUUUUCUACACUUAAUAUCAUUGGGGUCUUAAUGUUUACUUUUAUAUUUGUCUCUUUUUCAUGAUGCAUAAUUAUUUUGAGAAUCAUUUAAGUUGCUGAUAAGUAUAAUUCAUUUUUUUUCCUGAAAAAUAUACUGUUUGGAUAUACCACCCACUGACUGUUUAUCCGUACAUCUGUUAAAGGAUGGGUUUUUGUGGUUUGUAUCCUUUUUGUCUAUGACAGAUAAGUUUAAUAAAUUAUAUGUACGUAUGGUUUCAUAUUCAAAAUUCAAUGACUAUACCCUUUUGUGUGCCAUUCACAGUAUGGGAGCAUUCCGGUUUUCCUGUAUUCCUCUCUAGUACUUGGUUGAUGUGGCUAGUGUUUCAGUAUUACCUGUUUAAAUGUGUAGAGGUGUCUCACUAUGGUCUGAUUGCAUUUCCCUAAUGAUUCAUGAUGUUGAACAUUUUUGUGUUUAUUUGCCAGGUGUAUGUUUCUUUGAUAAAAUGUCUGUCUUUUAUUAUUAACUGAGAAGGCAAAAACCUGUUGGAGCUUGACUUCUUCAAUGACUUCGCUGGGUGGAAUAAAUGUGCUCACAUCGUUA